CCAGCCCAAUAGACUGAUGAGUUAUUGUCAUGUAAAAAGCGCCAGCAAUAAGACCAACCGCUUUGCUAUUGUCCAAGUGGAAAGAGCCAAGUUUAUUAUGAGGACUAUAUGCUCUAGAGACCUCAGGCAAGGCAUCUCAUAGGAGGCUUUUUCAUAAAACUAGGCUCUGCUGGUAGUAAGGAGGCCACUCUCGAAGCAGGCGUUGAGCUGUGCACAUCUCCCCACCACAGGCACCUUCUCCAUAUAUCCAGCUUUUAUUUCAUUUUUUCCACUUGGCUGAGCCAUCCAGAGCCUUUUCAAUGUAUAAAAUGGAAUAUUCUUACCUCAAUUCCUCUGCCUACGAGUCCUGUAUGGCUGGGAUGGACACUUCGAGCCUGGCUUCAGCUUAUGCUGACUUCAGUUCCUGCAGCCAAGCCAGUGGCUUUCAAUAUAACCCUAUAAGGACCACUUUUGGGGCCACCUCUGGCUGCCCAUCCCUCACUCCAGGAUCCUGCAGUCUCGGCUCUCUUAGGGACCACCAGAGCAGUCCAUACGCAGCAGUUCCUUACAAACUCUUCACCGACCACGGGGGUUUAAACGAGAAGAGAAAACAGAGGCGGAUCAGAACUACGUUCACCAGCGCCCAGCUCAAGGAACUGGAGAGGGUGUUUGCAGAGACUCAUUAUCCUGAUAUAUACACCCGGGAGGAGCUGGCACUCAAGAUAGACCUCACCGAGGCGAGAGUGCAGGUCUGGUUCCAGAACCGCCGCGCCAAAUUCCGCAAGCAGGAGAGGGCGGCGGCGGCGGCGGCGGCGGCCGCCAAGAACGGGGCGGCCGGCAAGAAGUCGGACGCCUCCCGCGACGACGAGAGCAAGGAGGCCAAGAGCACCGACCCCGACAGCACCGGCGGCCCCGGCCCCAACCCCAACCCCGCUCCCAGCUGCGGCGGAGGCGGUGGCGGCGGGCCCAGCCCCGCCGCCGGGCAGGGAGCGGCGGGGCCCGGCGGGCCGGGGGCCGAGCCGGGCAAGGGAGCGGCCGGGCCCGGCGGGCUGGCGGCGGCGGGGCCGGGACAGGGCUGGGCGCCGGGGCCCGGGCCCAUCACCUCUAUCCCCGACUCGUUAGGCGGCCCCUUCGCCAGCGUCCUCUCCUCGCUGCAGCGGCCCGGAGGCACCAAAGGCAGCCUCGUCAAGAGCGGCAUGUUCUGAGCGGCGGCGGCGGCGGCGGCGGCCCCUCCCGCUCAUUAGUAUCCGCCGCCCGCCCAUAGCAAUGACCAGGGGCCCGGGCUGCGCCGGGCUCCGCGGGGCAGGGACCCCGC